CUUUUCCCUUAUUUUUUUUUCCAUUGUAGAGCGUUCGAGCCGCGCGAAGCUCGGCUCUCUCCUUCCUCUUCACUCGCACGGGGGAAACCCACUCUCGCUGUCGCUAGGGUUUAUCUCUCGAUCCCCUGCUUCGGCCUUGCAAGCUAGGGUUUUGGGAAGGCGAUCGAGAGCAGGUUCGGAUUGACCGAUCGAAAGAGCUAGGGUUGUGUGACGGGGGAAAGGAGGAGAUGAUGGAGGAGGAGAACGCGGGGAUGGAGAUCGAGGAGGACGAGGAGGAGGAGAUCACGCAGGAGGACGCGUGGGCGGUGAUCAGCGCCUACUUCGAGGAGAAGGGCUUGGUGCGGCAGCAGCUCGAUUCCUUCGACGAGUUCAUCCAGAACACCAUGCAGGAGAUCGUCGACGAGUCCGCCGACAUCGAGAUCCGUCCCGAGUCCCAGCACAACCCCGGGCGCCAAUCCGAGUUCUCGGAGACACUGCACAAGAUUAGCUUUGGCCAGAUAUAUUUAAGUAGGCCUAUGAUGACUGAGUCUGAUGGAGAAACUGCUACCUUGUUUCCAAAAGCUGCAAGGCUUAGAAAUCUGACAUACUCGGCCCCAUUAUAUGUUGAUGUAACUUACAGAGUUGUAAAGAAAGGACAUGAUUGUGAGGAGGUCACGGAGACUCAGGAAUAUCCAAAAGUUUUUAUUGGAAAGGUUCCUAUCAUGUUGCGGUCCAGUUAUUGCACAUUAUAUCAGCAAUCUGAAAAAGAUUUAACUGAACUUGGAGAAUGUCCUUAUGACCAAGGUGGAUACUUCAUAAUUAAUGGAAGUGAGAAAGUUCUUAUUGCGCAGGAGAAGAUGAGUACCAAUCAUGUCUAUGUAUUUAAGAAAAGACAGCCUAAUAAGUAUGCCUAUGUGGCUGAAGUCCGGUCUAUGGCGGAGAACCAGAAUAGACCAGCUAGCAGUAUGUUUGUCCGAAUGCUUUCUCGCACUAGUGCAAAAGGGGGCUCCUCAGGGCAGUAUAUUCGAGCUACCCUUCCGUAUAUUCGAGCAGAUAUCCCGAUAAUUAUUGUCUUCCGAGCAUUAGGUUUUGUUGCUGACAAGGACAUACUUGAACAUAUAUGUUAUGACUUUUCUGAUACACAAAUGAUGGAAUUAUUAAGACCAUCUCUGGAGGAAGCAUUUGUUAUUCAAAAUCAGCAGGUGGCAUUGGAUUACAUAGGAAAGCGCGGGGCAACUGUCGGUGUCACGAGGGAGAAGAGAAUUAAGUAUGCAAAAGAAAUCCUUCAAAAGGAAAUGUUGCCUCAUGUUGGUGUCGGAGAAUUCUGCGAAACUAAGAAAGCAUACUAUUUUGGGUACAUAAUUCAUCGUCUCUUGCUGUGUGCCAUCGGCCGGAGGCCGGAAGAUGACAGGGACCAUUAUGGCAACAAAAGGCUGGACCUUGCUGGUCCCUUACUUGGAGGCCUGUUCAGAAUGCUUUUCAGAAAAUUGACAAGGGACGUGAGAUCGUAUGUUCAAAAGUGUGUAGAUAAUGGGAAAGAAGUAAAUCUUCAAUUUGCUAUCAAAGCAAAAACUGUCACAAGUGGUCUCAAGUACUCUCUUGCUACUGGAAAUUGGGGGCAAGCAAAUCAAGCUGGUACAAGAGCAGGGGUUUCCCAGGUGUUGAAUCGCCUGACAUACGCAUCUACACUAUCUCAUUUACGGAGGUUGAACUCUCCAAUUGGGCGUGAAGGGAAGUUGGCAAAACCUCGACAGUUGCAUAAUUCUCAUUGGGGAAUGAUGUGUCCUGCUGAAACACCAGAAGGACAGGCUUGUGGAUUGGUGAAAAAUCUUGCUUUAAUGGUGUAUAUCACUGUUGGAUCGGCUGCAAAUCCUAUUCUGGAGUUCUUAGAGGAGUGGGGCACUGAAAACUUUGAGGAAAUAUCACCUGCUGUUAUUCCUCAAGCAGCUAAAAUUUUUGUUAAUGGCUGUUGGGUUGGUAUUCAUCGAAACCCUGACCUCUUGGUCAGGACCUUGAGACGUUUGAGAAGACAGAUUGAUGUCAACACUGAGGUUGGAGUUGUACGAGAUAUUCGUCUUAAGGAACUACGCCUUUAUACAGACUACGGUCGCUGCAGUCGGCCACUGUUUAUUGUUGAAAAUCAAAGGCUGCUGAUAAAAAAGAAAGAUAUUCGAGCCUUGCAGCAGAGGGAAUCUCCAGAAGAAGGCUGGCAUGAUCUAGUUGCAAAAGGAUUCAUUGAAUACAUUGAUACCGAAGAAGAAGAAACUACUAUGAUAUCCAUGACUAUUAACGAUCUUGUGAAUGCAAGACAAAAUCCUGAUGAGGCAUACUCUGAAACUUACACCCACUGUGAGAUUCAUCCAUCUUUGAUAUUGGGCGUCUGUGCAUCCAUCAUUCCUUUUCCAGACCACAACCAGUCCCCUCGUAAUACAUACCAAUCAGCAAUGGGCAAGCAAGCCAUGGGGAUAUAUGUUACCAACUACCAGCUACGAAUGGAUACAUUGGCGUAUGUUCUAUAUUAUCCACAGAAGCCUCUUGUUACUACUCGUGCAAUGGAGCAUUUGCACUUUAGGCAGUUGCCGGCUGGCAUUAAUGCGAUUGUUGCUAUUGCGUGUUACUCUGGAUAUAACCAAGAAGACUCUGUUAUCAUGAACCAAUCUUCAAUUGAUCGUGGGUUCUUCAGAUCAUUAUUUUUCCGUUCUUACAGAGACGAAGAAAAGAAGAUGGGUACUCUGGUUAAAGAAGAUUUUGGGCGCCCAAAUAGGGAGAACACUAUGGGAAUGCGUCAUGGAUCUUAUGACAAAUUAGAUGAUGAUGGUCUUGCGCCUCCGGGUACAAGGGUAUCUGGUGAAGAUGUGAUUAUUGGAAAGACAUCUCCAAUCUCACAAGACGAUUCUCAAGGACAAGCUUCGAGAUACACUAGGCGUGAUCAUAGUACAUGUUUACGUCACAGUGAAAGCGGGAUGGUUGAUCAGGUUCUUCUAACUACUAAUGCUGAUGGCUUGAGAUUUGUGAAAGUGAGAAUGAGAUCAGUUCGGAUACCCCAAAUUGGAGAUAAAUUCAGUAGUAGGCAUGGACAAAAGGGAACUGUCGGAAUGACUUAUACACAAGAGGACAUGCCAUGGACCAUUGAAGGCAUAACACCUGAUAUCAUUGUGAAUCCACAUGCCAUUCCUUCUCGUAUGACCAUCGGUCAGCUUAUUGAAUGCAUUAUGGGGAAGGUUGCUGCCCAUAUGGGGAAGGAAGGAGAUGCUACUCCUUUUACUGAUGUCACGGUGGACAACAUUAGCAAAGCUCUUCACAAGUGUGGAUACCAAAUGCGAGGGUUCGAGACCAUGUACAAUGGUCACACUGGUAGGAAAUUGACUGCCAUGAUUUUCCUUGGCCCCACGUACUACCAGAGGCUGAAGCACAUGGUGGAUGAUAAGAUCCACUCGCGAGGGCGCGGGCCUGUGCAGAUCCUCACCAGGCAGCCCGCAGAGGGGCGGUCCCGAGAUGGCGGUUUGCGUUUUGGCGAGAUGGAGAGAGAUUGCAUGAUUGCACAUGGGGCUGCGUUCUUCUUGAAAGAAAGGUUGUUCGACCAGAGUGAUGCUUAUAGAGUCCAUGUAUGUGAAAAAUGUGGACUCAUUGCCAUUGCUAACCUUAAGAAGAAUUCCUUCGAGUGCAGAGGUUGCAAGAAUAAAACUGACAUUGUUCAGGUGCACAUACCUUACGCAUGUAAGCUGCUUUUCCAAGAGCUAAUGGCCAUGGCUAUUGCUCCCAGAAUGCUCACAAAGGAAGAGAAGCCAUCCAAAGAUCAAAAGAAGAAAUGAGCAUAAAAUUAGCCAUCCAAAGAUCAAAAGAGGAAAUGAGCUUAAAAAUACUGUAGUAUCUGACCUCUCCUAUAGAACAAAAAGCAUGGGAAGUACCAGCUUAAACUGGAUAAGGGGAGGCCCAAUUCCGAGAACGGUAUAUGCAUUACUUCUCAACACUAAUCCCCAGUGCACUCAAAAGGGCAUGAAUCUGAAAGUCACCGCCGCAAAUAGAAUACUUCAAUUGGCUGUGUAGUUUAGAUGGUGGCACAAAUGUUGCAUCUUCGUCUUUAUGGCAAGGACAUAACAUUUUGACUUAGGGACUUAACUAUUUUUGGUGUUUAUAUGAGGGUUCAUAAUCUUUUCACGCAUAUCUUUGUGUUCAUUUCUAGUGGAGAAUCCUCUUUUACUGUAUGCUAUAGAGAGCCUACGGAAGAUGUAGCUGCUUAGUAAAAUCUAUGCUUGCUUCAUUGGGUGUUAUUCCUCUUGUAGAGCCAAACUGUUGAUUUUAGGUGCUUUUUGAACUUCACAGGUUCGAUGUAGUAGAUUUGUUGAAAAACACAUGUAUCAUUUCCUAUUUAUUUGAUUACUCGUGUUGUGCGCGUAACUUGUUUAUGUAAUGAGAAUAAUGAGACUGAGCCCCUCUGUGUAGUGUGUAUCUUGUUAGUGAUGGGAUAAAUGUUGACUAAACAUUCGGAAGAUUAAAUAUGAUGUUGCGUUUCAA